UUUCUUAUCAAUUAUUCAUCAUCUUCAUCAUAAAAAUGGCUACAAAAUUAAUGAGUUCGAGUUCAAUUGCUUGUCUUUUCCUCGUGGGAGCUCUCCUACAAGUCGUUUCCGCCGUUGAUUAUGAUGUUGGUGGCGAUUUCGGUUGGAACCUACCACCAAACCCCACCUUCUUCUCCGAUUGGACUCGUAACAAAACUUUCUUUGUUGGUGAUAAACUAGUAUUCCGAUCGAAAUCAUCGGAGUCCCAUGAUGUGGCGGAGCCUGAAAGGCAAACGGAUUUAGAUGGAUGUGUGAAGCCAGGAAUUACUUUGAGUACGUCUGCUGUGUUAUCUAUUUCACUUGAUUCUCCUCGUCGUCGUUACUUUAUUUGUACUAUUGGCAAUCAUUGCAACGCGGGUAUGAAAUUUUCUGUCGACGUUUUCGUAAACCCCAACUCCGCCUUGCUACCACCACCACCGCCGAGCUCCGCCUCUUCCUUGAGAUUUGGUGCAGUUUUGGCUGCAGCCAUGGCUGGAUUGUUCUUUCUCUUAACCAUAUAGUUAGUCACGUUUAUUGUUGUUUCAUUAUUUUUUCUCAUGUUGCCUGUGUUUCCAUAUUGUUCUUUUGGUUUAAUUUGUAGCUGUCUUAUUGUUUGAAUAAAUACUAUUGUAAUUCUCAUCA